UCCCACUGUCACGACAAGCAGGUUUGGUCCAGUAGAAACUUUCUGCUCUACAGCAUGGCUCUUACCUCAGCAAGCAUGCUGGCCUCCUCCCUGGUCACUCAGAUAACAUCGACAGUGACCAUGGCCAAAGCUGGCGGCGUAGCCUCUGGCACCCUCCUGGCUGGCCUUUCAUCUCAAGGAGCCACGCUGUUAUCCCAGGCUGUGCUGGCCCCUGUGGCAUCCACUGUUGGACCCUUGCUGGGGUCACUGAAUGUUGGCUCCCUCCUGUCAGGGUCCUCUGCUGUCACCUUGGCUGCUGCUCCAAUUGGAGUCAAGGCUGCUGUCGUCGUGACUGGUGGAGUCAUAGCUGUGAGCACUGUUCCUGUGGUGCUGGGUGCCAUGGGCUUCACUGGGACAGGAAUCGCCGCCUCCUCGCUGGCGGCCAAAAUGAUGUCCAUCACUGCCCUUGCCAAUGGGGGCGGAGUCCCCGCGGGCAGCCUGGUGUCGACUCUGCAGUCAGUGGGAGCAGCUGGACUGUCCCUGUCAUCCAAAAUCAACCUGGGCACUGCUGGGUCUGCCCUUGUGGCCAGCAUAGUGGGCUUGUAAUAGUUCCUGCCAAGCCUGCCGAGGAGAGGGCUACAGGAAGAGGCGAUACUGCCCCGCAGCCUGACCCAGGGAAGGCCAGUCCUGGAGGGUCAGUGCGCCAAUGCACACAUUUCUUGGGAAUAAAGCGAGUUGUUUCAACCUGA